AUGGAAUGGCUCAGCAUUGGUCAGCUUUAUCGUGUGCUGGAGGGCAGCGUCUGUCCUGAAUUCCUGAUCUACUCAUUAUCACUUUUCACGCCAUUAAUACUAGAGUUUUCCACUACCUAUAGGAUAAGACGUCAGAAGCCCUCAUCAUCAGUGAAUGUUUUAGCAGCGAAAAGCUCCCUUAGCACUGGGCCAAAGCUGCGUCUGAGCAUGCUCACAAGCAGGGGUGUGGAUUUUGAUUUUGAUUCAGUUUCUCUGCGGUUUAAAGAUGCCCUGGCUGAGUUGUUAAGUGAGAAAGUGUGUUCUUUUAAGAACACUGAUGGAUCCAUUCAACUGAGUGCAGUGGAUGAAGCUUUCUAUUUUGAGUUGAUCAAAAGUACUACCCAGAGCAAAGUAUACGUUUCAACCGCAUCGAAAGAAGAUGGCGAACUAGAUCUAUCGCGGAAAAGGACUAAAUUUUAUCGUCUACUAGGCCAGGAAGAGCUUGUAGUCAAGAUCUGGGAAUCUAUCACAGAUUGCUUUGACGAAGCUGCAGAUCAAGUAAUUUCGGAAUUGAUAGAAAAUCUGGCUCUAGAGAGUGACUUUGAAGCCGCCUUUGUACAGCUAUGGCCAGAUUGUUGUUUGGGUGUUUACCGAAAUCAAAAACUUCUCAUUUCGAAAGCUUUAAAACCAUUGACAGACACUUUCCCCUUUUUGCUAGACAAAAUUCCAGGCGUUCAAUCGAUAGCCGACUUCAUAGACUACCGGCUAGUCGAAGCAGGUUUGUCAGUACUGGGAAACAAGAUAGAUCGGACAGUGACGGAAAUCAUCGAAACGUUGAGACGGGAUCUAGAAAGACUGGCCACGGCAGAUGGAAAUAGUGGGCUUCGAGCUCGCAUUGAGAGUCUCAAGAUGCUACUACGUGUGAUGAGUCAAUGCCGCCUUACAGUGAUCAAGGAACAAAAAAUAUCCCUUCAAAAGACCUAUAUUAAUAACCUCGAGUCUAUGCUGGACAAGCUUGAGAUUGUUGUCGACAAGAAUUAUCUUGCAAAUGUGAGGAUUUUCAUGGUCAGAGAGUGCGAGAUAAGCGCAUGUAUUUCUCGAAAUCUCACCGUAAAGGUUAAGCAAGCUUUUGCCGACAGUCUCAUCUUUCCUGAAAAAUGUCUUCGAAAACUUUUGAAUCUUUAUGCUCUAUGUUAUGGGUUUAGGAAAGAAUUUGAACUAUUAAAACUGACCCAUGUUACGAGCUCUAGGCGCCAGGAGUUCUAUGAUGUUCUUGCUUCCGAGGUUACCAAUAGAUUCAAUGUCUCUUUACGGCAGCAUCGAAAUGCAAACCAUAUUUUGUGGUGCUGCUCUUCGCUUUAUGCGUUAAAAGAGCCUUCCUGUCAUUCAAUCAUCAGAGCAAGUUUGAGAGAAACUUUUGGCGGCGAGCUGAGAGUUCUUGAGCCUCUUCUUAAGAGUCUGAAUAUGAUAAUAAAACGCUGCUAUGAACUUUUGAAAACAGAUGCCUCGGAAGCUAAAAAGUACUAUGACAUUCAAAGUCACACAAUAAAGUCACUUUUCACCAUUCUCCGCGACUUUGACCUGACAGAACCUUUUUUCAAACUGUACCUGGAGAGAGGACUUCUUCGAAGAGCAUUUCUCAUGGGCCAAGAAUAUUUGACCUUUGCCACGCAUCAAUACAAUAUUGAAAGAAUGGUUUUAGACGAGUUUGAUUCGAUGUCGAGUUUAAAUGACAAUUUUUCCCAGGUAUCGAAGUUGCGAGAUGACCUGGCUCGCACUGAAGCACUAUUUGAAGGCUUCAAUGGAAAUCGACGCGGCGAGAUUGAGAUCAUCCCAAUGAUUUUUGAGCGCAAAAACGUCCCUGCCUUUUUCCAAGAGCUCCCGAAUUAUGACAUUGAUCUUCCGCCGCUGUUGCGACAACAAUGGAAUCGAUUCCACAAUUACUAUUUGAAAAGUGAUUCAAAAGCCGGACUCAAACCGCUGACUUUGGAAAACUCCCUUCAUCACUUGGAGGUCCAGACAAGCUUUCCACUAGAGAAUGGCUCGCUUCUCACGUUAGAAGUUUCCUUACUACAAGCCAGUGUGCUUGAAAUUCUCGAUUCGCGAGACGAAGUGACUGUCUCCAUGCUGCAAUCUUCGCUUAGUGUCCCGAUUCAUCAAAUCGAGCUCACACUACAGGUUUUUGUCGAGUUCAAUCUAUUGCAAGAGACUGAUGGAGCAUACAAAAUAAACGAAAAUUUUAUUGUAGAUCCUAAAAAGGUCAAAAAUGGGCGACUAAGGGUUGUUCAACGAGCAGUAACCAAAUCUCAAAAUCGAAACUCCGUGUUCACCACACCCGAGCCUAAAAAUGCUAACUGGGCACAAGAAGUGCUAUGCGCGACUAUUGUUCGGUCUCUGAAGGGACAUGUUGGGGGAAUGUCUUUCGAUGAGCUCAAGCGCUUAACUGAAACAAGAAUGUUGGGAAUUAGCACAGGGGAAUUCAAAUCAGCACUUGCGGCAAGUGACGAAUAUUUCACCAUCAAGGACGAUUUGUAUUAUUAUAUACCAUGA